AGCAGCUGCAUCGCGCAGUUAAUCAAGUUGAUAUCAGUCCUUUCUGAGAAGUAAACUAUUGGAAGAGAGGCCUGCACACGAUUCUCAGGUGACUUGGACGAAAGUGCGCUGUGCCAUGGCGUCAGUGCGUGUGGCUGUCCGUGUAAGACCUUUGAUCAAGAGAGAAAAGGAAGUGUCUGCGAAGGUCAUUAUCCACAUGGAGGGGAGCACCACUUCUAUAGACUGCAACAAAAAGCACCUUUCCAAAGGCACCCCUGGCACUGGGCUGAAGGACAGAGGCAGACAGUCGUUCUCCUAUGAUUUCUCCUACGAUUCUACGGAUGUCGGAAGCCCCAACUUUGUGCCUCAGGAGAAGGUGUUUAAAGACUUGGGCUGUGAUGUCCUGGAGGCAGCGUUUGAUGGUUAUAACGCCUGUGUUUUCGCCUAUGGACAAACGGGAUCAGGGAAGUCUCAUACCAUGAUGGGAAGCCCAGGAGAUUUUGGUCUGAUUCCACGGAUCUGUGAAGGCCUGUUCUGUCAGAUAUCAGAGAAGAGCCAGGGGGAUGUGGCCUCCUUCCGCACAGAGGUCAGUUACCUGGAGAUCUAUAACGAGCAUGUGCAGGAUCUUCUCACGACUAAGAAGAGCCCAGAGAACGGGUCAGGACUCAAGGUCAGAGAACACCCCAAGGAUGGGCCGUAUGUGGAGGACCUGUCGAAGCACCUGGUUCAGAACUACAAGGAUAUAGAGAAGCUGUUGCAUGCUGGGAAAGCCAAACGCACCACGUCGAGCACGGGCAUGAACGAUGUUAGCAGCCGCUCGCAUGCCAUCUUCACCAUCAACUUCACACAGGCUCGUUUUGAUGCAGAGCUGCCAUGUGAGAUGGUGAGUAAGAUCCACCUGGUAGAUUUGGCGGGCAGUGAGAGGGCUGACGCCACAUGCGCCACCGGUGCCAGGCUGAAGGAAGGAGCCAACAUCAACAAGUCCCUGGUCACACUGGGCAUUGUCAUCUCUGCUCUUGGAGGAGAUAGAGGGGGCUCCCACAAGGGAAAAAGGAAGAAGCAGCUCUUCAUCCCCUACAGAGAUUCUGUUCUGACCUGGCUCCUGAAAGACAGCCUGGGAGGAAACUCCAAGACCAUCAUGAUAGCAACUCUUUCACCCGCUGACGUGAACUACAGUGAGACACUGAGCACGCUGCACUAUGCUAACAGAGCUAAGAACAUCUUCAACAAGCCCACAGUCAACGAGGACAGCAGUGUUACAGUCAUCAGAAAACUGCAGGAGGAGAUUGUCAGACUGAAACGUCUAGUGGAGAAGAACAACCAGGCUCUCCUUUCUCCUCAGGAUCUCUCCAAGACACUGAAGGUGGAGGAGAAACUUCACAAGAAUGAGGUCAAAGUGUUAGAACUGACCAGGGAGUGGACCAACAAGUGGGGGGAGACCCAGAACAUUCUCAAGGAGGAGACUGUAGCUCUGAGGAAGCAGGGUAUAGGCGUGGUCAUGGACUCCAAACUACCUCACCUAAUCGGCAUCGAUGAUGAUCUUCUCAGCACUGGCACCAUUCUCUAUCAUUUGAAAGAGGGCAGGACGCUGGUGGGUCGAGACGAGGCUUCAUCCAAUCCGGAUAUUGUUGUCCAUGGUGCUGGUCUCCUGGAGGAACACUGUGUGUUUGAGAACCGUGAUGGAGUUGUGACUCUGAUCCCCCAGACGGGGGCGCUGUGCUCUGUCAACAGACUGGAGACGACCCAGCCCUGUCAGCUGACACAGGGUAAUGGUGCAGUAAUCCAGCUAGGUAGAGGGACUAUAUUCCGUUUCAACCAUCCUAAAGAAGCUGCACAUCUCAGAGAGCAACGCAAGUGCUGUGCCGUCGGCUAUAUAUCAAACAAGGAAAAAACACAUCUUCAAAGAAAUGCAUCUUCCACUUCCUCGAAGCUAUCACUGUAAAUACUGUAUCUCCUCCUACUUUACCAUGUCUGUACACACCACAUACACACACAGAGAUGUGAAGCACUUCUGGUAACACCUGCUGGCAUAAUACUUCCUAGCUUGUUAUCAACAAGUAUUUAUUUUAAUGUCUUAUAAGGCAUAUAAUAUGCUCUCAAGGUGGCUGGUAUUUAGUCAGGAUCAUGAGAUGAUUCUAAGACAUAAGGGCGUCAUAUAUUGUAUGCUUAUGACAAGUCUAGUCUAACUGAAUUAAAAUGCAUUAUAUACCUGCUGGUUUAAGUACUGUAAAGUGUUACCGAACUGCUUCUUUGGAUAAUGGGCUGUAACUGUCAGGUUCCAGGCUCAGUGCUCUUUAUAGUGUACUACUUUUGACCAGGGACCAUAGGGCACUUUGUAGGGAAUAGGGUUCCAUUUGGGACGCUGACAUCCAUUUACUGAGGCAGGUUCAGCAGGUAAUGAUAGAGUUCCAGGUUGUUAAGUCAUUUUAAUGUAUAUUUCAUGAAGCCAGUGGCUGAUGCAAGAGUUUCUAUACCAACAAUUCUAGUGCUCACAUUUGUAGUUAUUCAUUUGUAUUGUGGACACACAAAAAAUCGUCAUUUUAAAUUGGGUAAUAAAAAUGGAUCACAAAAAGAA